AUGGGAAAACUCUAAAUGUUUUGAACACGUUUAAAACAUUGCUUGCAAUCAGCAUUUAAAAUAAUUCGCACGUGACGUGAUGUUUAGAUUAUAAUAUUGGGCAAUUAUAAUCCGCAACGUAAAAUAAAAUCCUGUCAAAACACGGUCGCCGCGACGCCAACGACGCGUCAAUCUCGCCUGUCUUGUUCGGAAAGGGUUAGGCCGAAACCACAACGAAUGUAUUACUAGUGGCCGCGUGUACCCUGCACGGUCUGCUCCUUUUGUGAACCGCGAGACAAGUUCGCGUUGCUGCGUUGAACUCUAUUAACAUCGCUGACCUCGAUUCAAAUAGCCUUUGAGCGUCCAUAGCAGUCAAGCGACCGAGCGGAGACGAGAGAUGCGAAGCGCCUGCCGUAAAGAAGCGGCUCACCCCGCGAUCGCUAUCAAGGAUCCUGUCAAGGAAGCGUUAGUGAGCGAGUCUGGGAGUUGCGGAAGAUCUCCCGUCGUCGAUUUUUUCGUCUCUGCUUGGGAGAGACAGCCGAAAAUGGACUAUGACAUAAACGUCAUAAAGGAAGGAUACUCGUUGUUGAGCAAUGAUAGACGCACCAUGGUAGCUAAUGGGACAUCCACCCUCGUACGUGGACCUGGCUUCAAUAUCAUUGUGGAUACACUGUCUGCUUGGGACAAGGACUUCCUUGUGGAAAGUCUCGCAAGGCUCGGUGUGUCCUGUGAUGAAAUCAACUAUGUGGUCUGCACCCAUGGUCAUUCGGACCAUGUCGGAAACCUAAAUCUGUUCCAGAGGGCCACCCACAUCAUUGGCACCACAGUGUCCAGUGGAGACGUGUACCAGCUGUGCACAUUUGAAAACGACGAACCUUAUAGGAUUGCAACUGAUGUCCAAAUCAUUCCCACACCAGGCCACACCUUGACUGAUGUCAGCGUCGUGGUGAAAACAGCAAAGCUGGGCACAGUGGCCAUAACAGGCGACCUGUUUGAGAAGGAGGAAGACAUUGACAACCCCAAGCUGUGGAAGGAGGUAGGUGGCAGCGAGGACCCGCAACAGCAGUGCAGGAGCCGCCAGAUGAUCCUAGACGUAGCUGACUACAUAAUACCCGGCCACGGGCCCAUGUUCAAGGUUACCGAGGAGAUGCGAGAGAAGCAUGCAAGCCUCUUGGAGUCUCACGGCAUCGAGGACGGCAAUUGACGCCGCACCUAAUCUAGGAAGUUGUGUUGUUAAGCCCAUGUUCAGCUUUAGUUAAUAAUUAUUAUUGACACUGUCUGUGAUGAUGAAUGUAAAGUGGCAGGCAUCAACUUGUUCAUGUCACGACAGAAUAUGUAUGCCCCUCUUUCCUGUGAGUGAUUUCUAUGUCCAGGCUGACUGCAGAAUGCACUCUUACAGCAGUAUUAUUAGAAUAGUUUUGCAACAAAGUAUGACAGAUUUGUACACCUGACUGUAUACAUGUUAUAAAGAUCAAAUUGAGAACCCUACAAGGGAAACCAAUGGCACUCUCCAGGGUUUUUUAAAUACUUCGGUAAAAUGUAAAACAGGUGAGAAAACUAGUUCCUGAACAACUAGCCCAUGCAUUGACCUGCCCACUUGCAUAUCGCCCCAAUUGCAGCAACGAAGUGUGUGUUGAAUUUAUAAACUAAGAUAACCAAGUACGGUAUACCUCAUUUUACAAACGUUUGUCUGCUUUAUAGUUUGCCUUUAACAAGGGCUUUGCAUGCACUGUAAUUCUAUUUUGUUUUGCAUGCGAAUGCCUGUUCUUUUCUGAGAUUUUGGUGUUGUGGUUAUUACUUUAAGUUGAAGUGUAAAAGAGUACCCCAGAAUGACCUGAAUGUUUUUCUCACACAAUGAUGCCCUAUAGUUCUUUUAUGCAGCAGUAUCCACCUGUGGAUUAAGACAUUUUGCGUCAACCUGACAAGGAUUGUAGCUUCAUAUAAAAUUGUUUCCUUGCCAAAAGUGAAUGUAACACUCUUCUGCCUGGCACACCCUACAAAUUCAUUUUUGUUUUUCGAAGAAGGCAAAAUUUUAGCCCAGAACAAUCCACCACACUGUUGACUAAUGACUUUAUUAGAAAUUCUGCACUGAACCAGGCAUAACUUUAUGUUAAACCUUUAGCACUAAAUGAAGACAAGGAUAAAAAGGAGACAACACGAGCACGAAAUUUCAAGGUGUGUGCAUACCUACUCGCUCUGUAUACUCUCUUGAGCAUAAUUUCAUCAACAAGCUAAGAAUUCAAUUUCAUGCGUCUUAGUCUUAUUAAUUUAGGUCAAGUGACUAAACAUCGGCAGCUUGUUGUUAAAGUAGCACGCCCUGUAACGUGAUCAAGUCCACACUAGGUGUUCCUUUUAAGCCAGAUAAGGAGAGCGCGCACCUUUCGGCUUAUUCCAGUUUAGUCUAGGCUUCUCGCGCAUCUUUCCUCUUCAUUUUUAUGGCAUGUAACAUUAAGUAGCUAGUGAUGCAUCGAGCAUUCGCCUUUAGCUUGGGUUUCUACGAAAAGCAGCCCGUGGGAGCAAGAAAUUUUAUAAAUAACUGUUGUACAGUUUUUUGAGUUUCGUUGUUUGAGUUUUUGUUUCGCUAUUCAAAUACACAGGACUGUGCCAGGAUUAACAGAACUGUUUGAAUUAUCUGUGAAUUCAAAUUAAGACAAUUCAAAUUAUUGGGGUAUCACUGUAUAUAGUAUCAGUGCUGUGGUAACAUCCUCUGCCGCUAGACGUUGCUACCACCUCAUCAGUGAUGUGAUUUCUUUGUUUGUGUUCUGAUAAGGCAUAGGAAUAAAAUCCAAAAAAUUCCAGCUGACUACCAUCGUGUUAAUGUGCUUGGAGUAUGCAAAUGAAAAUGGUUAGCUUGGAGUUGCGAAAAUAACAGGCAGUCUUUUGAAUAAAACUGUAGGCUUCUGUCUAUGAGUACAGGAAUAAUCUUAGCUCAGAUGUUGAGGAAUGACAGGCAUUGCCUAGCAUCUAGCAAGUUCUGUUUAUUAUAUUAAAAAGAAAGAUUGUUGUCACAAAGAUAUGAACCCAACAAUAAUCAAAAAAGCAGGUGUAAGAAAGCAAUUUCAUGCACCCUCCUCUGCUCAUUGUGAUAAAUAAAUGAAAAUCGUCGCACAUUUUAAAGCGUACCUAUAAGAUAUUGCAAGCAAUAAGUGAACAAUUCUGCUCGACGCUAUAGUGAACUUACACAGGAGGUCUUAUGCUCACAAUAUAGUUGACAUUGCAUUUGAAAAAUGUUUGUGUUUGCAAGGUUUUCGUGAUGCAUGUACUGAUAUUGCAAAAGCAAACUUUUGCUCGGAGGCUGCUUUAUACCUACACUGUUUGAAACUAGGCUUUUUAUGCAGUCCAAAAUUUCGUUACGAUUGGAAUGGCUUUGCAUUUGAUAUUCUUUGAUGUUGCUACUGAGUGUAGUGCACCUGUGUAUGCAUGCUGUCUUUUAAAAGCAUGACGAAAUGUCGACACAGUGGGCUUUGGGACAUUACAAGUUUUGCUUGCUGUUAUUGUAUAAUCUGCAGUAUGUUUACUGAGGAAGCAUCUGCUACAACCCCCCUCCCCCCCUCUUGCUUUUUCAUACAAUUGGUCUAUGGUAGUCUGUGCUUGUGAUAAAUCAAGUUCUUGGUGCCAAGAAUAAGCAAAUUUAAGCCAAAAACAUUCUACUCACAGAAGAGCAAGCUGCUGACAUUUCACUCAGUCUUUCAGUUACUGUGUGUUAUAAAUGAAUGUAGUUAAUGCUAAAAUGGGAAUACCAUAUUGCUCUUCUUGUGUGUGUGUCCAUAGGCAUGAUUAGAAUGCAACCACUCAAGUUAACAGUUACUGCAAUUACAACCUGUUUUCCUUUGCCCAUAAAGUGCAUCAGUCUUGGUUCACGGUGAACUAAAGAGUUUGAUAGCCUGUCUUAUAUUGUCUGUGAAUACUUGAUUUCAUGCCUUGAGAUGUUAAUCAGAUGGUUGGUCUUUUAUCAGGGAAAGUGAAGCUGCUGGUUUGACACAAACCUAAAGCAAAAUCUGUUGCAAGUUUAGUUGUGUAUCUAGUGAUAGUGUGUGGCUUCGCCAUGUUGUGGCCAUGCUUUAGAGCAGAUUUGCGGCUUAAAUGUGGCGAACAUUUUCUUGAGCCUGUGUUUAAAGUUAGUGUGUAUACUGCAUAAAGAUUAUCUUUAAUGUGCAUAACUUGGUAUUUAACACAUACUAUAUCCUGGAGGACUCAUGGCUCACUAUGGCCAAUAACUCACUUCAAGCUGGAAGUGAUUGCCUUUUUUUGCUAGCAGGCUACUAGAUCUCAUUUCAGAUCUCAUCACUUCAGGUCCCCUUCUCACCUUCUCUAUUAGAAGGUGCCUUAUGUGGUUUUGUCAGAUGAAUGAGAAGUGCCUGGUUAGAGUUUCACUUCUCUACAUUCUGUACAUUUUAUUUCUUAUAGUUUUUCUUUUGUGGCAGUUUAUUAAGGAACAUUUAUACUAAUUGUGCACUAGCCUCUCUGUGCUGUUUGCACUCAAUGCCUUAGGCCUACUUUCACGCUUUGUGGUAAUGUUCAUUAACGCAUCACACAAGGAUUUCUCUUGUUCCGUUGUUUUGUAUGAAAAUGUAAGAGGUUGUUGCAGAACUCUAUUCCUCCUGUUUUUGGAUAUCUGUACUCUGUUUCACAUGUAAUAGGCAAUGCUAUGAAGGCUGGAGAUAGAUAUUUAUUAUGAUUUAUUUAUGUGGUACCCACAGGGUUUAUGCAGGCAUUACAGUUGGGGGAUAGACAGAUUUAUUUUGUGUUGCAGCACCAGUGCUUGAUUGUUCAGUACAGAGCUGCUUUUGCUUUGUCAUGUAUAUCCUUCUAACGGCAGGGAAACACUGCAAGCGUAAUUUGGCUGCGCUAGCCUGAAGGAGCACUAGCCUUGAAUGCAUAUCCAUAGUGGCCACUUCAGUUAGCGUUUAGGAGAUUUGGCAUGACAUUAAAGAGAAAAACCAAGUGUGUCUAAACAGAUGGUGUUCUUUCGCAACUCCAUUUUUGUUCAUUUCCUUCACGGUAGGAGAUUGAUUACUGGAAGAAAAAAGAAAUUAGCAUCUAACUUCCAUUUUUUCCUUAUUUUACACUGAAACGUCAGCACUGGUACAUUAGUGUCAUGUCAUAAAUUUAAAAGUAUUUUUUCGUAUUAGAGCCGUUGUGGUCUGAUUCAUGCAUCACAAAUAAAUAAAUCAAAAUAAACAGUGUCGUGCAGUAAAAUUUGUCUAAACUUGCAAAGUUCAAUUCUUGGCUCCUGUAAAAUACAGUGUAGUCCAUUUUUUACUGGUAAGCAAUUAGCUGGGCUUGAGCUGCCAACUUUAAAAUCCGUAGUUACGGUGUGCUGGCGCAAAAACUUCAAGGCAAUGUUGUCACCAGUCUUUUGCUUAUCUGGCUUACCAAUCCUCCUCUCGCGAUAAGAGUUGCUUCUUUUGUACUCUAGAAGGGUAGCUUGCUAAUACAGAUCAGCCUAUGUUUCUCUUUGGUGUUUUUAUAACAUGUAAAAAUCACUGUCAGCUGGUUUAUGUUUAUUGCAGGAUAAAGCUCUCUCACAGAGUGCUCCAAUUCCUUUUUUUUUCUGAGCCAGCCAAACCCAACCCUCUAAAUUUGCUAGUCUUUUCACUUCAUCUAAUCCUUUGUCAACUGUAUUUUCUCUCCUUUGCCACUCAUUCUGUUAUCCUUGUAUCUGCUCUACACAGUACAUGUCCUGGCUAGUUUUUAUUUUUAAUCUCAUUAGAACAUAGUAAUGUAAUUUGCUCUGUAACUCAUACUGUUAUAUUGCUAUCUCUUAGUGUUAUGUCAGUUGUUGUGCCGUUGUUGUUCAUCACUCCUUGUGCACUUCUGAGCUUCCUGGUUAUGAAUUCGGGAUCCUACAUCGUACUCUCUCCAGCCAGCAAGGCCUCUGUAGCAGAACACAUGACCAUUACCCAGUACAGUGUAUGCCUUACCACUCCUCCUAACCUGACUUAGCCCUAUGACAUCCCAAGCAAUGCCUAGAAAUGUUUCAGUCUUGAUAGGUUUGUUUCACUCUCUAGGGUUGCGUGACAUGUUUCCAAGCUCAGUUUGCAAUGGCAACUUGUCCAGGUGCGAAGAUUCUUGGAUCCCUCUGCUACGUAGCAGGUCUGACUGCCACCUUGAUCUGGGGCUCGAGCUGUGCAGCCACUCAAGUGACACGUUAAAUGUGUGGGUCAUGUUGUAAGUAGUGGCCAGUUACUCUGCCGGGUUUGCCUGUCCUGUUUGGCGAGGGGGUGUCUUUGUAGUUCAGUGGGUCUUUUGAAGUAUAACCUUACUGACCCUCCAUAGUCCUUUUGCUGGAUCUAAUACCAUGAAUCGAAGUGCGAGCAAGUCAGUGAACAAGUGGAUGACUUCGUAUUUUCUGCAUGUGGAUAUUAAAAAAGGCACUUCACGUUUAGCAGUCAGUCAGGGUUAUAAUUUUUGGUGUUAGCUUGAUAAGUACUGCACACUGCAGUGAGCCAGUGAGGUAAGCAUGGAAAGAAAUUUUCGGCAGACUUGUGAGCAGCACAGUGCCUUCCCUAAACUUGAAAAUACAGUCACGUGCAAUAUAGGCUGCAGCACGGUGCCCGUGUGUGUUCAAAAGGGCUACAAGGCAGCGCUGACAUGAAUACUUGCAGAACUAAACACCUUUACAGUUACCAGGAUUUAUUACACCAAUAUUUAGUUUAUCAAUGCUGCUGUGCAGUCUUGGGGCCCUUUAGAACACACGCACCAUGUUGGCACUUAUAUUGCACACGACUGUCCAUGUAAUUGACAAAAGGAUCAUGGCAGAACUGAGCCAAGACUCAGAUGUGCAUGAAGCGGAAUCGUAUGUUAAAUGUUUUACAUCGCCAUCUGACUUGUGGUGGGGGCCGCUUGUAUGAAUGUGUUGGGGUCUGCUUUCCACUGUCUGGUGGCUUAACUUAAGAGAGCUGAUUAGCACUUGUGGGUGAAAGUCCUUACUUAGCAAUAUGUUCCAGGCCCUGCCUUGUCUGUUUUUGUAACACCUUGGUGCUGUUCGUUCUUCAGUAGUAACAGGCGAAGUGUACACCAUGUGAUUCCUUGUGGAGUCUGAAUUUCUGGCAGUCUGUUGCAGGCACUGAAUUUUUGAGAAACUGUCACAAAUGGGCUUGUUGCAUGUGCUCACUCGCUGACCACAUUGCAGUCUACCCAACUUGUUGUAGUGCUGUUGUAAGCACUAAUUUCUCGUGUGUCUCUGCCAAGCACAUUCCCUUCUACGGGCUAGUCGAGGAUAUACUCAUGUAAUAAAAAUUGGUUGCCUCUGUGUAUAUAUGACACUGUAAUUUAUCAGAAAAUUGGGCCCCUCUGUGACACUUAUUCGUCAAGUCACAGUGACUUAGUGGGUCUAGGUGUGUAUGCAUUUUGAUAGUUCAAAUUUAGCAAAUGGCUCUUGUGCUUGCUGUUAUUGCAAGUACAGCACUGCAUUUUACCUUAGCUAGAGGAAGAUUGCUUUAAGCAUCCUUUUUGGGGCUUGUGAAAUGCUUGUUUAUAUAGUGCAUUCUACAAAGGAUUUUUCAGGAUUGUACCAAGAUAUUUGCAAGUAUUUUUGCAUUUUUCUAGCAUUUUGUAAGUGCGUUUUGCAAGAAAAGAAAGAAUACGCAAGACAUGCUCACUGAAAUGAUGGUGCGUCUGAUCUUUGAGUCAUUAUUUGUGAACCAUUGUAACUACAAUUGUGUACUCUGAAUAAAAAUAUAUUAAUUGUCGGCAA